AUGAAGAAGGCGAAGACCGGUCGUGGUGCUACGAACCGAGGCUUGGCUUGCCUCGAGAUCCCCGAUGUGUGCAAGGCCAUCCUCGCUUACUGCUUCCUCGAUGAUGCGCAGAGCCUGAGCGCCAUCGUGCUCAGUAAGGCGACCACGCGAUCGGUCGCCGAGUACGAGGAGCUCUGGACCGGCCUCCUUAUCGCUCACUACGGCGAGCUACGCUCGCACCCAGCAGCGCUGCGCGCGUACCGCGACUUUGUCAAGACGUGCCGGUGGCGUGCAACCGUGGCCUUUGUGUGUAAGGCAAAGCUCCUGGAGCGCUACAACAAGCACGGUCGUAGCUCCAACCUAGCCUAG